CUCACUCACUCACUCACUCUCUCUCUCUCUCUCUCUCUCUCUUCGAAGGUUGCUUUCAUGGCGGAGUUCACCAGACGGCGAUGGCCGGCGAUGUUCUUGCUCCUCCAGCUACUCCAAUGGCUGCCAUCUUCUCCACUUCCAGUGACCCACCCACUCCGCACGGCGGUGGACCUCAUCAACGAAUCCGGCCCAUUCCUCGGCCUCGUCAUGGCCUUCUCCGACGAGGCCAACGCUCUCCGAUCCUCCGCCGCCUUCGUCCCCAGAUCCGACAUCCCCUGGCUCGACCUCUACGGUAGACGUUUUCAUGUUGGGAGAAUUCAUGGUGUGAAUGUUAUAUAUGUGAUGUCUGGCCAAAGAAGGUUGAAUGCAGGAAUCACUGUGCAGAUACUUUUAGACUUGUUUGAUGUUUGUGGCAUUGUUCACUAUGGAAUAGCAGGGAGUGCUAAUGAUUCAUUGUCUUUUGGUGAUGUUAGUGUGCCGAAGUUUAUCGCGUAUACUGGAUCAUGGACGUGGAUGAAAUUUGGAUCAUUGGAGGAAGUGACUCCAGAAUUGAGCUUUGGCUCAUAUAGCAUUCCACAGAAGAGUGAAAACUUGCUGUCGAAAGUGAAGUUCAAAACUGAGGAGUUUUACUCAGUCAGUAAGGUUAUGGAGGAAGUGUUUUGGCUACAAGUGGACCCGAAAUGGUUCGAACUCGCACAACAGCUUGAGGGGUUGGAAUUACAACAAUGUAUAAAUGAGACAUACUGCCUCCCCGAGGCCCCUAAAGUAGUGUUUGGACUCAAAGCAUCAACAGGCGAUGUGUUUGUGGACAAUGCUGCAUAUCGGAAGUUUCUUUUCAUGGAAUUUGAUGUCUCAACAGUCGACGAAGAGAGUGCAGCUAUUUUGAUGACAGCAAUGUCGCCGGGGAUUCCGGUGAUGGUGUUCAGAGGAGUAUCAGAUUUGGCAGGAGGAGAAGAAGCGAAGUGGUCAUCGACAAGCCUGAACACCUUGGCAUGUGAAAAUGCUCUCAGAGUAGCACUGGAGUUCAUUGCAGCAAUUGGCAAGCAAAGUUAAAUUAUUCAUCUGCAGAUAAGCUAAUAUUUCUGCAUGAAUUUGUUUGUAUUGUGUCAAAUUUUCUCAUCUUCUUCUGUACACUGUAUUUGGAAAUAUCGAUUUUUUGUCGAAUAGUGUUUGUAAUCCACAUUAGUGUAAUUUAUAUUGUUAAAGAAAUUUGUAUUUACUGUGAUAGA